AUUGGCUUAUGAACCCAGUUUCCAUUUGAAAAAAAAACUAUUCGUGAUAAAUGAAUGAACCUUUUGUCCUUACAUCUUGGUUACGGAUGUGAUUUCGAUUUUUGAAGGUUUGGCGUUUUUUCCAAGUAGCCAGAGACAUGUGAUUUACAUGACUUUAUGGAUACAUCUGCCAUGGAGAGCUUUGGAAACCUUUGUCCGGUGUCUGUACUUGGCAAAGACAGUGAAGCUAGCAAUAAUGAGGAUGAUGAUGAUGAGGAUAAUCAUUUCAUCAUAUCAUUGGAGGAUAAUGGAAGUGGGGAUGACUACAUUGAUGAGUAUGAUGGAGAAGGGGCUCAUACUGUGCUGUCUGCCCGCUCCCUGAAAUCCCCAAGGGUUUCCACAGAACGAGGUAACGAAGAGCCGGCAUCAUGUGUCACAAGCUCCCAGGAAGCUGAACACAGUCAAAAGCAAGUCUUUCAUCAUACCUCAGAGUCUUCAUUUCGGAGCAUGUCAAAUGUGUCUUCUUUGAAACCUCUUUGGUUUUCUUCACCUUCUCAAGCGCAUCACCCAUCUGUAGUUGCACCCGUUGAGAAUCCUCAAGGGCCGCACCAUAUGAAAUCCACGCAGCCUGUUUCAAGUAGCAUGGUGAUCACUGCUUCUUCUCAUUACCAAGAGAGUUUUGCCAAGAAAGAGAUUUACUACGGAGACCUACCUGUUGUAGUCAGAGACUUAUCCUUUUGUCCCUCAGAUCCCAAAGUCAGUCGUGUUAGUUCACAAGAUAUCAACCGGUCAGAGACUGAGCCUCUCACUUCGUUGGCUCAGACUCCGUAUAGUCAGCCUGACACAAGUCAAGGGUCAACGUUCCCAACAGUGUCUGGGCUGGAGAUGCAGAAGGGGUAUGAAACAGUGCAUUUAGGUGCAGAGGGUGGGGGAAUCUGGUCUGAAGCUGUAUUUGUGUCUUCAAACUACACUCCCUUCACUGUUUCUUCAAGUGCACAAUCUAUUGAAACUAUGAGCAGAACUGAUCCUGUUGCUGCCAGCUGUAUCUCACAACCUUUACUGAGCUCUCAGACGACAACUAGUUCUGUGCCUUGUCACCCUCCUCCAGUGUUACACUUCCCUGCUCCAAAAUUAGCUGGUCCAUUUCCAUGUAGAACAAAAUGUGAGGAGCCUGACAGUUUUACCGAAACUAUUCGGGAGAUCAGAGUGGGUACAAAAGUGGUAGAUGAGCAAGCAUCUGAACAGCACUCGAAUUGCCAUCGUGAUCAAGGCAAUCAAAUUCUGAACAGUCACUCUUCAGAUCUCAGUGAGAAAGAAUGUACCUGUAUCAUGUGUUUCAAAGGCCGUGGAAUUGUGGACUGGUAUCCUCCACCAAAGGAACCAACAUUGUCAUUAAGUGAGGAGGUGAUGAUCACAGGCAAGUCUUCCCAGAAGCAUAGUAGAGGAGGACCUCAGUCUGCUGAUAAAAGGAACACUAAGAAGUCUAAAGUAAUAGAAGCGUCAUCGAGAGGUGGUGUUUUAAUCAACAUAGCUCCUUCCAAAUUCAAUCCCAUCAGUCACUCAUUUUCGACAAGUACUUCCAGCUCUCCACAAACAGUUCUUUCCCCUUCACAGUCCGUCCAUAAUCCAGCAUCUGCUGUUAUGACAUCACCUCCUGCAUUAUCAGGAACAGGACAUUUAUUGACGUCAAAUGAGUCAACAUCGAUCCUCCAGCAUGUGGGCUCCAAAGAUCAAGUCAAUCCAGGCAAAGUCAUUUUCUCUGAGAUUCAGGGCCAGAUGUAUGCUAUUGUUCUUGCAGGGCAGGCAGUGGCACAAGGAAGACCAGUAGCGGUCAGCAGAACUGUUGUUCCAGUAUCUAAGCCCAGGCCUCCCACUUCACAUGUUUGUGCAUCCUCUGCAAAGUCAGCUCCUGUUGUAGCUCACUCUGCUUCUGUUAGGCAUACAGUUCCUCUUAUUUCUAAACCUUCUCUUCUUAUGUCUUCUCCUAAUGCAGUAGUACAGAGUGUGAAGCCAAAAGUGUUCUUGAAGCCCUCUGUAUCUUCCCCCUUACAAAGUCCUUCAGUAGGCAAAACUGUUAAUUCAUCAUCUUCUUCAUGUGCUCAAGUCAAUAAGGAAGGCAAGCUAACUUAUAGCUUGCUACCAAACUGGAUUCCUCGGACUACCGAAAGCUGUGCAGUUCCUAAUAGACCAGUGUGUACAACCAGCUCCUCACAUAUUCAUGUUGUGGAUCUGGACUGUGAAAGACAGUCUGGUUCCACAGUUUCAACACCACCUUCCUCCUCUCAACCUAGAUUCUCCCCUGCACACACAAAUAGCAUAUCGGUUACUCCUACCCAAGUAUCUCAUAAAGAGAAUAAAGAACAGUCACAGAGGGCGUGCAGCCCAAAUUCUCUUUUCAAAAUUUUGAAAAAUGCUGAGCAAUUAGACAUGAGUGUGCCUGGAAAAGUAAUUAUUAAAGUAAAGCCUCCUCCUUCUCAGUCUGCAUCUGCAUCAUCUGCAAACUUGACUGAGACUUCCAACACUGUCAUAGUGACUCAACCUAUUGGUCCACUGACUAGCCAUCCAAAACCUAAGAAUGUUGUGUCUCUGUUAAACGGUUGGAAUACAACUCCUCAUUCAAUUAGGAUGAAAGCCCAGAGUGAGAAUUCUGUCUUGCCUCAGACAGACCCAACUCCUUACAGGCUACCAUUAGUACCAUCAUCAGGCCAACUUUCUGGUUCUCUUUUCCAGCCAAGAACUGGGAAUCUUGAUACUAGACAUACUUUAGUGCAACUUAUCAACUCGCACUUAGGGAAACAACAAAUUCAAAUUGUAGAUAGCUCACCUGUUGAGAAGGACAGUGCAGUUAUGAGUACAGCAAAUGUGAUUACAGAUGCCAACGAGGCUCGAAAGAGUCAACCCAACAGCCACAUUCUUCAUAACAUCAGUUCUCCCUUUUCAGUCAGCAGAAACCCUGUUCUGGACAACAAAGAAAUGACUACAAGCAUUAGAGCAGUUCAAAGGACUGAAGCGAUUGCUGAUCAUGUGACCACUGAGUCUUUUGAAGUUGACAUUGGGUCAAAUUCUGCUCUCUUACCACAAGAUGGUUUGCCUAGCAAUUAUAUUGAGAAGUGGGUACAACAAUCAAAAACGUUCACACCCAUGGUGUCAAAAGUUGUGAGUGAAAAUGAUAACCAUAACGUUAAAAGAAAUAACUCUGAAUCCAAGACAUCUGAAUCAGAAACAGAUAAACAUGCGCUGGUGCACAUAAAAUCAGGGGAACAUGUUACCCUCUCCCCUUCCUUGUCAGAAGAAAAACUGACUUUAGUGUUACCACGCCCUAAGCCUAAAGGGGCUGGCAGCUCACAUCAGCAUUCCAAGAUAAUGUCUGAUGCUCCCGUGUCAUGCUCUGACACUGAGACAGGACAGUCGGACACAGCCUCUAGUGUCCCUUGCUCACCUACGCAGAGCUUGGCCAAGCAAACAGGACCGACGUUGACACUUCAUUUUGAGAAACCUCUACAACAUAUUUCAUUUGAAGGGGCUCAAGAAAAGAGACAUUCUUUGCCUGUGUUGUCUGAGACGGAACAGAAGUCACCGAAUUCACGUUCAGUGAUGGAGACCGAAGAGUUUGGUCAGGGGGAGGUAUCUAUGGACCAAGUUUGCGCGUCUUCAACUGGGCAAAAUUCGGUUCAGCUGGACUCUCAAAAGAAGGCGGCUUCAAAGCGUCCGGGCACCCCUUCCUCCACUGUUGUUGCUGGUUCUCAGGGUAUUAAACUUAAAAUAAAACUGGGAGACCAAUCCGAAAAAGUGAAACAAAAGUCCAGGCGAAAAACACCACAUGUAAUACCACAACCCGAAAAGGAUCGUAGCAAUGAGAUUGAGUGGUCUAUUUCAGAACCUGCAAACAGAGACAGCCUUUCUGUUGAGACAAGAACAACAGAAGUUCCUGAAGCAACCUCUUUAGUGAAAGUUGGAAAUGAGACUGCAGAAGAAAUGUUUCAGAGAUUUGAAGAACAAGCCAUGCGGGAAGUCUACAAAGCCCAGUUAGGUGUUGGAGAUUUAAGUAGGAGUCUUCGGCCAUGUAGAGGAACCAUAUCAUUAGUGGACAAGUAUCUCCCUGAUAAAGAGUUCACCAAUUCAAAGAAAAUGAAGACUCCCAGUGUAAAACAAGACCAUGUUCUUGUGAAAGAGAGUCCAGUCGCUGGGCCUGUAGCAGAGAAGAGUCUUUCAGACUUUCCCAGACAGUCAAAGAAGAAAGAGAAAAGAGUGAGAGACAGAAAAAAGAAAAUAAUGACCAGCAUGAAUGUAGACAAUCUUGUGAAGUCUGCAAAUCUGGCUAUCAAAGAUUAUCCUAAAUUGAAGCAAGACGACAGUAUUACACAUGGAAAAGAUAUUUAUUGUCCCAACAUCCUGGCUGGACAUAAAGUUCAUGUAAAGUUUAAUAUUUUUGAAAGUGAAGGUUCAGGAAGGGCAUUCCUUAUUCCAUUCUUUAAUAUUGGAGGCACACGUACUCAGUUUGAUGUUGAAGAUGUCGAGUACAUUAAGAAAGCUGUGAUAGAUUUUGAAAAGGAGGAGCGUUCCUGUGCGAGGCACUUGCUCUAUUUUACGAGAGAAAACAAGAAAGCUAUGUUUUUGCGCAAAGAAGCCCCUUUUCAAACGAAAGAACUCACAGAAAAGAACUACAAGAAACAUUGUCAUAACAUCGUAGGUUAUUCAAGAGAGGCACAAAAACGGACAGAAGCUGCUCCAAGUCAGUGGAAAAUAGAUAAAAAAGUGGACAUUGAAAUUGACUGUGCAGAAGUGGAGAAUGACGAUGAGGCUGAGUUUGAUGCAGUUAUGGGAGAGAGAUCAGAGAAACUGGUAAUGACAAGUAAGUCACAGGAUGACAAGAUCUGUGUAGAAGGUGUUGAUGAAACUCCAUUUUCUGUAGGACUGGUCACUGGAGGCCAAGAGCCUGUUUUGAGUUCCGGGGUUAGAGCAGAUCAACUGGACGCUGAGUCAAGUGCCUUUGUUUCGCUGGGCCUCCUAACUUCAGAGUUUGGGAGCAGUAUGCAGGCUCGUAGACACCAACUGAAGAUUCCUCAAAGGGCCUCUCGUGCAGGGUCUACUGCGCUGGAUAAUUUUGAAAAUAGCUUCAAAAUCCACUCUUCUAUGGUCAAGGAAUCCAACUGUCCAGCCGAGAGGGAAGUGCUAAAUAAUUGCAAUGACAUUAGUGAUUCCGCGUACACUGAAAAACUGAAGGAGCUUCUUUUGUCUGAGAACAUUCAUGAUUCUGUAGUGGGAGAAGGGUCCGUGACCAGCUCUCCCAAAAGGCCUCUUGAGCUCAAUGUUCCUCAUGAAACACAGGCUGGACAUUGUGAGUAUGAUCUUGCUAAUAAUGAAGAACAGAGGUCUUUCAUGUCCCAUCAAAUGGGUGGUUUGCCAAAGGUGAAACUAGAACCUCCUGAUGAUGAUGAGUGCAGUAUGCAUGGAGUUGAAGAGAAUGAAUGGACUGACUCUUUGCCUGCACAGGCAACCCAGCAGCUUUGUAAUACAGAUGCUACUUCAACUGCUCCCGAUCCUAUAGCUUCUGUGAGAGUAAAGGAGGAACCUGUGGAUGACUAUUUUGAUCAUGUUCAGAUGGACAAGUCUCAGUUGUCUACUGAAAGACUUAAUUCAGCCGUUCAGCACAGUUCAGUGGAAGCUGUGAAUAGUGUGCCUACUGAGGGAAGAGAAAGUGAGAGAGAUAUCCAAAAUGGUUCUGCAUUUGUUUGUGUGGGUGAGGACAAUAAUGGACAGGAGGUAGAACAAGCCUCUCUAUGCGGGGAUGCAAUAAAGAAUCUUAAUGGUGACGGUCAACUGAAAAUAUCAGUUGUGGAACAUUCUGGGAAAAGCGCAGAGUCUGAACAAAAUAAAAUGGAAGUUACUGGACCGGUAGCAUCUUUCAUGGAAGGUGAGCAGGAACCAGCAGAAGAGAUGGGAGAUAAAGCAUCAGAGAGGUCAGAAUCACCUCUCAUGUCCCCGCCCUCAGAUCUUCCUGAGUCCCUUGACUCCUUGGUGUCAAGCGAAGACAGUGACUCUGAUGCUCUGGAUGGAGACACAGAACAGACGACUUCUGAGACCUCAUUACAAACACCCAGUGUGGAGUCUUCGGGUUUAAUAAGUGGCACUGAUAAAGGGAAUGCGAAAAUAUCCUCCCUGGUGGAUUCGUUAAGGCAGCGUCUCACCCAGGAAACCCCUGCUCUUCCCUCUUGGCUAGCUCUCGCUCCUCCAGUGGAAGCAAAGCUGAGAAAAAAGAAAAGGAGGAAGAGAAAGGUUGAAAAUGAAAAUAUAAAGGCUGUAGUGGAUACAGAGGUGUUGUUCACUUCUUCCUGCUCCUAUAUAGAGACUUCCGCAGCCGUUCAGUCCACCUCAGCAGUGUCUGUGAUAGACUCUGCCCUUCUGUCGAGUUCUGAUAUAAGUGUUAACUCCUCCACAGCAUCAAGUGUUCAACUCUCUACAGCUUUACCCAUAGUGGCCAGCACCACAGAACCUAUUGUUUCUUUGACUGUGCCAUUUUCUUUUUCAAAUGUGUCUACGCCAUCUUUGACUUCAUCAGUGUCUCAAGUUGUUUUAUCAUCUUCAGUCAGCUUGUCAUCAAUUUCAUCACCUACUGUAAGCUUAGCCAACAGCCUGAUGACUGUGGAACCAACACAUUCUAAUAUGGGUCCCAAAUUGUCUGGAGCCUCUAAAUCUAAGGAUAGCAUUCCAAGUAAAUCAUCUGUACUUGAACUUUCCAAGCAAUCAUUGAUGAUCUCUGUGCCUGAGACUGGAAAAUUAUCCUCUGCAGAAAUCACUGAAACUGCUUUUGUCAAACCCCACAUAGCAUUAAAUGAAAUCUCUGGAAAUGACAGUGAAGCCAUUUGGUUUGGUAGAGGUGAUGGAGUGCCUGUGCAGUCAAAAAUAAACUUGAAAGUGACUGGUGUGGACCAGAUUGGUGUUGAACAUGACUGUGGAAAUAGUCUGGCAGCGGUGGAUCAACUGGGAAAGGUGGAAGUUGGCAGCACACAGGUAAAUUCUGAUAAAGAUAAGUCUCGCACUGGUUUUCUUAUCAGCUCUGCUCCCACAUGUUCAUCUCUGGGAAAGACUUUAGAGCACACACCUUUGCAUGAGUCUGGUGUUUCUGUGCCAAAGCUAGCCAAAGAUAUUGUGGCUGAAAAUUUACCAACCAAGCUAUCUAUGAGACCACCAAGUCCUACCAGUGAUAUAGAGAUUGACAUUGGGGUGGAUGAAUCUCCAGAAACCCUUCUGACUUUCGUCCCCAUCUCCCCAGCUAUUAAAGCUGUUCACAAACAUAGAUUUAACCCAACGGCCCACAGGCUGGCUGAUACUAGAGCCUUAGGAAAGUAUAUCUCUCCUCAUAAGAGGAAGAAAACUUCUUUGAAGAACAGGAACAAGAUAAGCCUACCUACACUUGUACCGACGGCUGUAAGUGAUCUUGUUACAGAUUACAAUGGAGAGAAAAGUUCUGUUGGGUCUGUUGCAGAUUAUCUGAGUCAAAAGUUUGCUCAGACGGCUGGCUCUGGAAAUGGCAAAAUCAGAGUUCCUAGGCUUAUCCAUCGCAGAGCAAAGGUCAACACCAAUGUUACCACUUCUUCUGGAUCAGCAUCUUUGGUACCUUCUGCUAGUCUCUCAGUCCGUCCAUUAGAAUUGAAAGAUUCGUCAGAGAGCGUCACUUCUGCACUGCCAAGUACAAAACAGCCCAGCCUCAGUGAGAUAUUUGGUGUGAAGGUCAGCACUGUUGAGAGCAGUACGACAGACUCUGGAGCAUCAGCUGUGAAAUCUCAAGAUGAAAUACCAGAAGCCAGAAAUCUGGGAAAAAAGGUUUGUCAUAAAAAUCAAGAUGGUUAUAAAGAGUCGGGGACUGUCCCUGAGGAGGGAGAAGAAAAUGACUCUGGCACAAUGGAUACGGAAGAUGUUGGUUAUAUGGAUGAGCCUCUGCUUGAUAGUCAUGUGCGUGUUUCUGAUACGGUGUCACAAGAUAAACAAAGAAAGAAAGAACCAGUGGAUGAAAAUACUAACAUCGUAUCUGUGGAAGAAUACGCCCCAGUAGAUGAUAAUGUGAAAAUUGAAAAGGGGAAAGAGUCUAAACUUGCUGCUGAAAAGGUGCAAGAAGAGAAACCAGUGGGCCAACAGCUUAGGAUUACAAGAGGAAAUGUGAGCAGGAAGAGAAAAGCUCCCCCAUCCAAGGAGCUCUUAAAAGCUAAAAGACUUACCUGGCGUCAGAUGUCCAAGCAGGUCAGCAAAAUGAAACAGAAUGCGUCAGACUUGAUGGAUCAAAACUCUGAACCCAACGCCAGUAAGUUGCCUCAAGAUACUACUGGAAAGAAUGAAAAUGUGUCCAAUCUUGCAGGCUCUAUGAACCCAUGUCGAGUCUUUCUGCACAGGCUUGAAGAUUUAAACCUUGGUUUCUCUGGAAAGUUUGAGGAAGGAGUGGUAGUAAAGUUGAAGAGUUCAGUUGAGAUCAGUCGAGAAGACUCAGUUGAGGAGUCUAAGUCGGGUAAGAAAUGUGGGAAACGAAAAAAGAGAAAAGCACUCAAAGUUUCCAAAGCAAGAAGUACCCGCAAACCCCAAAGAGAUAUUGUAGAUAUUUAUGCUUCUAUGAUAGAAUCAUUACAAAAGAAGGCCCAGCAAUUAGAAGAGGAAUCUAAAAGAAAACAAACUGAAGGAGAGAUCAAGCAGAAGGGAGACGGGCCUUUGAAAAAUUACCAAGUAAAUAACAACCAAAACGUUGGUGAAAGCAUGGAAACGGAAUGUAUUCCUUCAUCUUCAGUCGCUGAACAAACUGAGUGUGGUGCUCUAGAUGAUGGGUUGGGUGUUACUGCUCUUGAAAAUGUAGAUGCACAUUGUAUUGCUACUCCUGUAGAGGAAUUAAAUUUUGGUUCUAAUGAGAAUGUGGAGGGUGGAAAACAUGUUGCACAUGAAGACCCUUCCAUGACAUCCAUGUCUGAGGCAUUAGACGCUGAGGGUAGCAAGGAGCCUGUCUGUUCUCAAAAGACUGUGACUAGUGCUCCUUUGGAGCUGGAUGAACAAAAUGUCUGCCUCAUGAACAGAGGGAGCCAACCAGCUACUGCUCAAGUGGAAGAAAAAAGCAAGUGCACUUCAUUGGAGGUUUCAGCUGGUCAAACAACUCGUAACACAUUACAGGGUAAAGAUAAUGGUGAGACAGAACCUCAGGCUGUAGUAGAGUCAAUAGAGCUGUUUGAUGGGCAUGUAACUGGAACCUCUGAUGUUCCUUUAGAAAAAGCUAUCGCUAGAGAAAGUGAUGGGCCUGCUUCCAACAACAGUGUGGGUUCAAAAGAUGUUCUUUUAUGCAGCACUGUUGAGGACAGUUUAUUCAAUUCAGCAAUUAGCAAAAAAUGUCUCGAGUCAACAGAUGAAAUGUUGAUGGAUCAGGAACUGCAGGGUGAAGAUGUGGGUGUCAUACCUCAGGAAGAGGUGGAAGAACUUCUUGGUUUGGACACUGAUGAAAAUCCAAAGUAUCCUGGAAGUGAUAAUGAUUCAUUUGGAUCUGAUAAUCUUAUGCCCAGCGAAGACUUUGGGACAGCUGAGCUUGCCAAUGAGGGACAGCUCAUUCUGAGUGAUCUUAAAGAAGUUGAUAUACUUCAAGCUUCUGGUGUUCUUACAUCCGGCGACCUAGGGUUUUCUCCAGCAUCAUCACCUAGUCACUCUCUUGUCAUUGCUUUUGAUGAGGAGGAUGUGGAGGAGGAUAUGGAUAAACCUGGUGUCAGUGAUAUGCGAGGGCCAGUAACGUCUGUUGUGGAUGAUCUGGUUACAGAAUCUGAGGGCAAUCUCAAAGGGCCAAGAAGAACAAGAAAUGUCUCUAUGAGAAGUACAGAGGAGCUGACCAAUGAAGAUACCAUUGCUAUUUCUGAUGAACAAGAUAUGGUUUUGAAUGGUGGGAAGCAAAAUGAAACAGAGAAAAGCAAUGUGUUGCUGACAGACAGUGCUGAACCAAGCUCUAAUACCCAGCCACUGCCAGCAAGCUGUCAAACACAAGUGUGCGACUCGCACAAUAAAAAGAAUAUUCAUGUAUCCCCUAGUUGGAAAAGAUUGCUGGGCUCUUCUGCUUUAGCUGAGUUGGAGAAGCAGUCGCAAACUAAGGGGGAGAUGCAGCAAGAGAAAGAUGAGAGCUCAGAUCUGAGAUUCAAGCUAAAGCUUCCUGUUGUGUCUUUGAACCGUGCUGUUCGCAUGUCCAAGGAAAUGGAACGAGUGUUUGGUGAGACUGACCAAGAAGGAUCUUCUCAGGAAAAUGGUGAAAUACAACAUGUUUCCGAGUCUUCUACCACUGAGUCAGAUAAUGACAACGAAUGUCUUGGUGAUGGAAAGCCAAAAUCUAGCCAGGGAUACUCAAUGGAAAGACAAGCUGUUGAAAAGGGAGCUCGCCCCAAGAACUUGUCAAUGAGCGAGAAAACUAUCGCAGCUAUUCAGAAAGCCAAAAUCCAGUUCAUGAAGGGUGCUGCACUAGCUAAAAUGGCACCUACAAAUAAGCAGACAACACAGAAGUCAGUGUCAAAGGAAAGUGAUGCUCAAUUCAAAAGAGACUUGGAUUUCUACCUCACUAAAGCUGGAACAAACAAAGAAGAUUCUGAAGAUGAUUCUCAUAGUGUAUUCGAUAAAGAAACUGAGGGUGAACUUAACUGUAGCAAAGAGGCUGGUACCACAACUGACAAUUUCACCCCAAGGACGAGAACAAAAAGGAAAAAUCAACUAAAUAUUGGGAACAGUGACAUAGGGAUUGAUCAAACAUCAGCGUCUGUGUUUCCCCAAGAAAAACACUCAUUUGAUAAAAGAUCUACUCAAAACAAUUCGGAUUCUAGUGUUUUGACAAAAAUGCAGAGUAUAUUUUCUAGUUUAGAAAUAGAAAUCCCUCUUGAGGCUAAGAGUAGGGGGAAGUCUUCUUCUGAAACCCAGCGCCAAGAUAAAGUGGUCAUCAAGGAUCAGAAUCUUGAGCAGUCGCUCAUUUCCAAGCCAAAAGCUAUAGAUCUAUCCAAGUUGAAAAUGAAGCUUAAUCCUUUGCUCUUAGGGAAGCUGAAUAAUAAAGCUGUGCCGCUCAGUAGGACUGCGGAAGUGUCAAAAGGGCCGUGCUCAGAUAUGCCCUCUAACAGCACUAUACAGUCUGAUAACAAGACUAAAGGUAUAAGGACAUCUGUUGAGAACCGUAUACAGCUCAGUGUUGAUUCUACAGAAAGUGCAACAUCUUCAAGGAGCGGUGCACAAUUAGAUAUUGACCCUUCAGAACGUAUAUCAUCAGUUAAGACUGGUGUGCAGUAUGAUUCCAGUUCUUCCAGCACCCAUCAGACUGGAGCCACCAGUCGUGAAAAUGAGUCUGUAAAAAAUUUACCUGUGUUGAACACUGCAAAGUUAUGCAACAUCCUAAAAAGUUUUAAAACAGCUUCUUUUGGAAAAGGCAAAGGUCUAGAAAAUCAACAAGAAUCCAGCAAUGAUUUGAAGAGAAAAGCGCCACUUAAGACAAAAUCCCCUUCUAAACUCAUGAAACGGCUAUCAUCUACUCUAAAGGUGUCUGGUACUGAAGUCCUGAACUCACGAUCAAGAAAGAGGACUCGGAACAGUAGAUCAAUGUGUUCUCAAAACCCAUCAGAGGCUUCACGAGUCAAUUCACAGAUGCCAGUACCUUCUUCUAGCUCAGUGAAAGUACCUGUGGAGGAGGUGAAGAAAGAUGGAGAAGAGAAAGGAGAAAGAUCAUUUUUUGACUGCUUAACUAACAUUACCACUGAUGCAUGGAAGGAGUAAAUUAUAAGGAGUUGUAAGAAGCAGAUAAUAAAAGAUUGCAAUAGAUUUAUAAAGGGCAUCCAUUUGAAAGUGGGCUCUGUGCACUUUAUUAGUAUAGAUCUAGGUCGGUGAAAGAUUGAGAGAUCAACAAUACCUUGUUUGCUCGUAAAACAUAAAAGUAUUAACAUGUAUUUUGUUUUUAAUGUUGUGAAGCAUAUUGUGCGCUGUACUGUACAUGAUGAACAUUCAUGAAUCCUUUUCAAGAUGUCAAUGGGGGGAGGGGGGGGUUACGGCAGGCUACUGCUGCCUCCAAUGGAUUUUGUCCAUGUUUUUGUGUGUAGUCUUGGCUUUAAUUACAUCAAUUGUUUGUUUUUCUCUUGUUUUCCCAUAGUAGUGAUCUAGGAUUCUUUUUUUUUUUUUUUUUUUUUUUCCAACGGGCACUGUAGAGUUUGUCACAAAUGACAGGCAGUUGCAGUAGAGUAACAAUUUUGUUUGACUUCACAGAAACGUUUUGUAAAAUAUUUCUUCUACAAUCUAUUCUAAAGUUGCCUUUUCACAAUUUUUUAAUUAGAUCUGUUUCAUGUGACCAAGAAAUGUCAUUGCAUUUUUUUUGUUUAAAGUGAAUAGACUUUUCUGUUUGAAUAGUUUGUCAAGAGAAUGUUUGAUGACAGUAAUGUUAUAUUAAUUUAACUUAAAGCCCUGACAAAUUAGGGUUUUGUUUUUGUUUUUUAUGACUCUUUAAUAAGUUAAAAAGAUCCUAACAAAUUGGAUAUGGGGAGGGGGUGGGGCAUUUUAUUGUGAAUUUCUUUCUCUGCUGCCUCAUUAAAUAUAUAUAUAUCUGUUUUUAAUUUUGCUUGCCCAGCCAAGUGAAUUUUAGUUGUGAGAAAUAUUGGUAUUUAUGAAAACCAGUUGGUUCUCAAUGAUUUUCAAAUUAUAUGAAGAUUAAAGUUAUUGCGAGGCAAAAAUCUUUGACACCAGUUUCUUCUCUCAGGACACUAAAAGUAAGGCUCUUCAUUUUAUUAUCUUGUCACCUUUGGUUAGCAGCUGGUAGGUUCUCUUUCUUAUCUCCAUUAGUCUAGUGAGUACCAUGUGAGUACCUAGUGAGUACCAUGCUGGGCUUUGGUACACAUAUAUUAUAUAAAUCUGGUUCAGUUUCCUUAUAGUCCGUUCUUAUGUAUUUUGUUUGCUAGGGCAGUUUUGAAGGCUCUUUUAUUUCUAGGCUCAGUCCUUUCAAACUUGGAUGUUUCUUUUGGGGCCCCACCUUUCCAAUAACCUCACCUGUCCAUAGUGUUUAAAGGGAAUUGAACCCAUACAAUUACUAUAGAUUACUGUCAGGCACAGAUAACGUGGACACAAACAAAUCCUAAAUCGCGAAUAGUUUGUACAGAUUGCCUUUCCCCGACUGAUCCUGUUUAGUUUUUCGUUACUGAUUAACCAGAAUUAUGGAUUUGUCGAACACAUUUGUCAACCCCAGGCGCGUUUUGAGUUAUCCAUGCCCGACUGUGCUUAUUAAUUGAAAGUGUAAGAAUAUUGACGAAAAAACACAUUCCAUGUGGCAUGCAAGCAGUGGUGUCCUCCUCAAUCCACCUCUCACUUCACUUAGUUGUUGGUAAAACAAGGUGUAAAUUUUAUAAUACACGUUUGUAAUGUUUUAUACAAUUCCCAUUUGUACUUUCAGCUAAUGAUCUUCACGUACAUAUAUAUAUAUACAAUCAGUGAGAGUGAGAGAUUUUAACCUCUUGCUCUGCCAGAACUGCUAUAGUUUUAUCAAAGAGCUCUUACUAGUCAGUCUCAGGGAAAGGGUUAAAGCUGUUAUUAUAAAGACUGACUUGGUUUUUUAUUGCCUAUCCACUCUACUCUAAUUUUUUUCUUUCACAUUCUCUUUCAUUUUUCUGUUAGUUCGCAAAAUGCCCAGCAGAUUACAUUAUGAUCUUUUAAUUAAUACUUUUGGCUUACACCGACUGAGAGCUUUUGAAUAAGAUCUUGAUCCAUACACACAUUUUAAGCAUUGCUAUAAAAAAUUUUGUUGCCUUUUUUUUAUAUUUUUCGUGUAGUUGAGUAGUUGUUGUAGCCUAGACCUAAUAAUUUAGCCCAUUAUAACGGUCCGUGUGAAUGUGAAAGAGAAAAAUCCUGGUGCUUUUCAACUAUAAAUAACUUAGGAUAAUAUUUUUUGCGUUUGCUAGAAGCUUGCAUUGUACAGUGUAUAAAAUUAUAUUUGGAAAUGAGCAAGUUUUUAGUUUGAUGUAAUUUGAUGUACAUAAAAGUCUGCUACUGUAAAUUGCUGAUCACACUCUUUUUUUAUGUAUGAAAAUGAUAUGGAUGGAGAGAAAGAACCGAGAGGGACAAGUUUCUGUUAUUCUGCUUGUUCCUGUGGUAAUCAUGUAGGCCUACAUGUUGUAGUUGUACUUGAUGAACUUGGAUGUCUUUCGUAAUGUCUCAUGUUGUUGACACUCUUUACAUAAUGGCCACAGCAUUGACUUGAUUGAUUCAGAUUAAAAUUCAGUUUGUAUUAUAAUAAA